GAAAUGUUUAAGUAGUAACUUAUUUAAGAACUACCAACAUUUGGAUCAGGAUGAAGGCUUGGGUUUUGAUUUUUAUUAUCUUCUUCUUUUUCUCUAUACUCUCAAAAAAUUCUUGUCAAGUGCCAACCGACCCUAGAACCGACUCCCUAAGUCCCAUAAUUAUACUGCCUUCCAAGUCUGGGAUCUCAUACGAAUCGCUUCAUUAUCCAGUGCCCGCAGAUCAGCAGUAUCAAGCAAUACCACUAGUGAUAAACACGGGGAAAAUACCUUUGAUAAAUCACGCAAUCCAAGCGCCGAUACAAUACUUUGUACCCAAUAGCGAAAACCGACGAGCACUGAUUUACGACUCAGCUAAGUAUUCGAAAGCUCGAAACGAACGUCCACAACUACGUAGCCCGGAAACGUCUAUAUUAUAUUCAAAUGAUGAGCAGCAAACGGAAAAUCGACCGACGUACGAUGGUAAUAAUAAUAAUUAUCCGUCUACUGCAACUGCUACAGUUUACUCGGAAACGCGAAUCGAUGGUUUACCGGAGUCGAGACGGUACAGUUACGGCUAUAAAAUAAUUGACGGCCACGUUGGCGAUUCGAAUGACCGACAUGAUGCACCGAUAAUUGUCGGCAGUGACGGACUGGCGAACUAUAAUAAUUUAUCAGAACCACACGAAACGGAUAUAGUUUUUAAAGGCACGAUCGACCUGAGUACCGAAUUACAAGGGGCGGCCAUCACGCGGAAGUCAGACGGAUCCAACGACAGACGGAAUGACAGACCAGACAAUAUUUCAAGAGCUUUAAAGCCGGUAGUUGUUAAGACAGAGUUGAAUACUACAAAAACCGAGUUGGAAAAAUAUUACAAAAAUGUAACAAAUCCAGAAAGGCAGAAACUCCGAUCGAAAUGACCAAAAAAUUGGAAAAUUACCAACYAUAAAUACCACAACAAAGGUAAAACUGUUGAUUGAAUUAAGUACGGUGGUGGAACAAUGGCGACCAA